UUCUCAAUAUAAGUUGAGAAGUGGAGACCAGUACUUGCACAGACACAGAGAACGUUCUAGCUUCACAUCCAGUGUAAUUAAGACACACCGCCGUGGAAUUUUGAUCAGACGACAAAGAUGCCGAUCAGAAACAUUGCCAUAGGCCAUCCUCAGGAGGCAACUCAUCCAGACGCCUUGAAAGCGGCGUUGGCUGAGUUCAUCUCCACUCUUAUUUUUGUCUUCGCCGGUGAAGGCUCCGGGAUGGCCUUUAAUAAGCUCACUAACAACGGCGCCACCACUCCUGCCGGUCUAGUCGCCGCAUCUUUAGCCCAUGGUUUCGGUCUUUUUGUUGCUGUCUCAGUUGGAGCCAACAUCUCCGGCGGUCAUGUAAAUCCAGCUGUUACCUUCGGUGCUUUCGUCGGUGGAAACAUCACUCUCCUCCGCGGUAUUCUCUACUGGAUUGCUCAGCUUCUCGGAUCCACCGUAGCUUGCUUGCUUCUCAAGUUCAGCACCGGUGGCUUGACUACGUCCGCCUUUGCUCUCUCCUCUGGUGUUGGUGUGUGGAACGCUUUCGUUUUUGAGAUUGUGAUGACCUUCGGGCUUGUAUACACCGUAUAUGCCACCGCAAUUGACCCCAAAAAGGGCAGUCUGGGAACGAUUGCACCAAUCGCCAUUGGUUUCAUUGUUGGAGCUAACAUUUUGGCGGGAGGAGCCUUUGAUGGAGCUUCAAUGAACCCAGCGGUGUCAUUUGGACCAGCUUUGGUGAGCUGGAGCUGGGACAACCACUGGGUCUACUGGGCUGGGCCUUUGGUCGGCGGUGGGCUUGCUGGGCUCGUUUAUGAGUUUUUCUUCAUCGGCCACAACACCCACGAGCAACUUCCUACCGCUGACUACUAAAAACCGGCGAUCGGCGGUUGUGGUUGGGGAUGAAUGAUCGGGUGGCUCGGCUUUUUUUAACUUCUUUGGUGUAUUUAUUUUAUCUUUUGAGGGUAUUUUUAUUUAUCUUUUGUUUAAUUUGUGAUCGUUGAUCUUUUUCCAUCAUCAUCAUCCAAGGUUGUGAUUUGUGUAUUCUGCUCUGGCUGUCUGAUUCCAUUUAAGUCAUCUAUCCCUUUUCUAGUUUCAGUUCCAAA